AUGGAUGUUAAAACUUCAGUGGAGACAAAAUCUAUUACACUUCAAGGAUCUGCUCAAAUCAUUAAAGAUUUGUUUUAUUAUUCAAUAAACAAUAUUCUUUUUCAACGUGAAAUUUAUCCAAGUGAUACUUUUUGUCGUGUAAAAAAGUGGAAUGUCACACUUAUGGCAUCUACAGAUAAAAAAGUAAAAUUUUAUCUUGAUUCUUUACUUAAACAAAUAGAAGUUUGGCUGGCAACAAAAAAGUUGAAAAAACUUGUUGUUGCAAUAGUUUCUGUAGAAAGUAAUGAAACAGUAGAAAAAUGGGAAUUUGAUAUUGAGACAGACAAUGAAGUAUCUGUAGAUGGUCCUAUAAAAUCAAAAAAGUAUGAUGAAGAAAGUGUAAGAAAUCAAAUAGGAGUCGUUAUAAGGCAAAUAACUGCCUCUGUUAGUUUUCUUCCAUUAUUGAAAGAUAGAUGUGUCUUUGAUAUUAUGGCUUUCACCGGCGACUCAACACUUCCUAAUUCAGAAUGGGAAGCAACUAAAGAUAGAGUAAUUAAGAAUGCAGAAACAACUGUAUUUAGGGACUGUAAUACUGGUAUUCACAACGUUAAAACAAAAGUUCACUACCAAGUUGAUUCCUAA